CUUGACGAUCAUGACCACUUGUGAUCAGGUCACUCAGUGACGCGUCAUACGAAAUGGAAAGUUUGGCGAAAUACGAUAGCCGAGAGAGCUUGAAUGGCAAACUUACUUACCGUCGAGUGGAAGGGGGAACCAAACGCAGGAAAGCCAUGCUUGUCGAUAGUGAUGGAUUUACUUAUAACAUAUGUAACAAGACAGAGAAUGCAACUUAUUGGCAGUGCACGGUCCGUCCUAAAGGAAACCCCUGCAAGGCCAAAGUAACAGAAGAAAAAAAAGGAACAUUCCAACCAAGGGGUGAUCCCCAUAACCACAUGGCGAAAGGUAAAACCAAAGCGCUGAAGAACGAGAUCAAGCCAUCUUCGGCGAAAGUGAACGAGGUAAUUACAGCGCUACACUAG